UCACGUUCCAGCCAGGGGCCAGAGGCAUGUUUUGGCGAGACGGGUAACAAUUGACAAGCGGUGUGUGUUUGUGUGUGUGUGUGGUCGAUGUCAUUUCCGGCUGCCAAAAGGGAUGGGCGUUCUUGAGAAGGCAGAGGAGGAGAGGACCUGGUAGAAAAUCACACAGCCUGUCGGAGGGGGAUUGUCCUCCCAUGAGUAGAAGUUCCCAAGACUAAGUACUGACAUCAAGGGACAUCUGGUAGAGACAUCAAGGCACCUCUGGUAGGGUCCAGCAAGGAAGGCCAAUUGAUGUAAAACCACCCAGCCCGGUUUUCCAGCCCCAUGAAGAGGAAACAUCAGCUCAUCUCAGAUGCUUUCAAGGCCAAGAAGCCAAGGUUGGCUGUAGGUCCAGAGCCGGAGGAAAAAGAGGGCCCCGAAGCAGUGGAAUCUGCGCUCCAGUACUUGGCAUCUCUCUUCCCUCGCAAAUUAUUUGAGGAUGCGCUGCCGCCCUUGAUCCUGAGACACCAGAUCUACAGCCUCGUCAAAGACCGCACCACUGUUGAUAGAUGUCUGAGCCAACUGAAAGAUGAAGGACGGAUCCGAAUGUUCCAGCAGGGUUUUGAUGUAGACAAUCUUGUGGUGGCGUUCACGGACAGCUAUAGGGCUAAGGUGCUGGAGUUUGUGUCUGGGAAAGAGCUUGCCCGGACAGUGAGGAAGUUCUUGGACUCUGUCCUCCCCUCCUGCACCGAUAUCAGUUUUGACAAGAAGCGGAUGCUGAGAGAAUUUGGCUUCAGUGACACCGAGAUCACGCAGCUGGUAAACGCAGGAGUCCUGACUGUCCGUGAUGCUGGGAGCUGGUGGCUGGCUGUACCUGGAGCUGGCCGCUUCGUGAAAUACUUCAUCAAAGGAAGGAAAGCCGUGCUGGGCAUGAUCCAGAAGGCCAGGUACAAGGAAGUUCUGUUGUCAGAUUUGCAGACCCGCCGAGCACCAGCCAGUGUCAAACUGGGACUCCCCUACCACAUACAUGACAUCAUUGGAGCUCAGUUAGUCGACUGCAUACCAACAAGCUCCGGCACCCUUCUGCGACUGUCUGAAGAUUAAGUGUUGCUUCACCAUCCUGGAGGAGACUUGUGCCUAAAGUGAACUGUGACCCCUCCUGUAGAUCUUAAAUGAUCCCUUUUUAUUGCACAGCCACCAGCAUCUGCAAGAGCACGAGAAACUUUUUAUUUACGGACCAAUCUACUUUGAGCUCGCGAUACGUGAGAGAACCAGCAGGACUAGUCACUAUUGUGACCGGACUGUGAUGUGACUUUAUGGAUUCUGGGAGUUGGAUUUUGGAUAUGUCUUAUGGAAUGGGACACUGAAGUUUACUCCUGUGGGGUAAGAUUAUCCCAAGCCAAAUAUGCCUCCUGGGGGCAUCUUAAUUCUUAAAUGACUCAGGUUGCCUGUUCUGGAGAGGCAGCAAAGAUUAUUUCCCCCCCUAAUUUAUUUCUUGUUUGUUCUUUCUGAUCUCCUGUCAUCUAUGCCUUGAAACGUAAUUAAAAAACAGCGCCCUUCUGGCUCCGUGGCUUUUUGCUCGA